GUCUGAGAUCCUGCAUUCUGACAGUGCGAGCUGCCGGCUUUGCGGCAUUUUCAAGCCAAUAGUGCGGGGGUGGGGGGGGAUUGCCUCGGCAAGAAAAACAAAGAAUACACCGGGACAAGCGAGCAGCCCGGCGACUUGUCCCCCACCUCCGUCUCCUCCUCGGGGCUGAUCAGCUGCUGGGGCUUCAUCGUUUGAAGAUGGUUUGCGGCGGUUUCACCUGUUCCAAGAACUCGCUGUGUGUCCUGAACCUGCUGUACAUUCUGGUGAGCCUAUUGCUGAUUGGAAUUGCAGCAUGGGGCAAAACCUUUGGACUUGUUACAAGCUUCUCUGUUGUCGCAGGAGUGAUUGGAGUUGGAAUCUUUCUUUUCUUCAUCGCUUUGAUUGGAUUAUUGGGAGCCAUUAAGCAUCACCAAGUCUUACUAUUUUUCUAUAUGAUCAUUUUGUUUUUGGUGUUUGUGGUGCAGUUCUCCAUCUCCUGUGCAAGCCUCGCACUGAAUGAGAAUCAACAGAAUCAUUUUCUGGAAGUUGGAUGGAACAAAUCCGUGGAAACCAGAGGAGAUGUGGAAGUAUACUUGAACUGUUGUGGCUUUAAUGAAGCGAACCUAAAUGAAACCUGCAAAGCUCAUUGUGCUGCUGCUAAUGAAUGUCAUCUAUGUGGACCGAUCUUAAAAACCUACGCUGGUGAAGUACUGAGAUUUGUCGGUGGUGUAGGUCUUUUCUUCAGUUUCACUGAGAUCCUGGGUGUGUGGUUAACACAUAGAUAUAGGAACCAGAAAGAUCCACGGGCAAAUCCAAGUGCUUUCCUGUAGGAGAAAUCUUCAGAAACAUCACACCACUGGAACACUGCACUACUGAAGCCUCCUGUGUUUUUUUUUGUUGAUGAGGCUUUCAAUAUCUAGAACUCCACCAGCUUGCAAGACAUGUAUUUCACCUGGGAUAAGCGUUUUCAUUCAGUUAUUGCUUUCUGUUGUAUGAAACUUGUAACUGAUCUUUGUUGACCACUAAUAGCAUUCAAAGUUGAGGAAUGCACUGCUGUUUAUUGUUGUCUGGAGCCUAAUCUUUGUAACAGGCAUUUGGUUAGCACAAGAAAAGCUGUCUUUUCAAAACUUUGUGUUGAUUCUUAGAAAAGCACCACACUAAUGAGAUUGAAAAUUAACACCAAAGGAAAUAAGGCUCACAACAUUAUUUGAUAUUCCAGUCCCUUAAAAAUAUAGUAGUGUACAAUGGCAUAAUUCUAGUUUUUCAUUUUUCCAUUUUCCAUUAGUGCAUAGUUAACUAAUAGUAAGGAUAUUUUGUUUGAUUGGACGAUAAUCAUAAUUAAUGUUAAGUAAAUUAAAUAGUAUAAAUGCAUUUUCUUUUUGUGCAGUAGCUUGGUGGAGCCGUUUGUUUUUGUAAGUUCAUGUUGCAUUUGAGUUUUCAGAUGUUUCUCUAGAUCUGUUUCUGUCUUUGAAAAUUAAAAAGUUUAGUUUUACACAUGGAUCUCCUGAUCCAUUGUGAGCAAUACUAGCUGAAAGAAAUGCAUUUCUUGCUGCUUAAUGAUCAUCAGACUUCAAAAGCAUUUGCAGAAUUUUGUGCAUAUGUUUGUGGAAAGCUCAUUUCCUUGAUGGUUCAGUCAACAGUGGCUGAUUUAUUUCCCUAGCUUAUUUGGAACUGCUUACAAUUGCCUGUGUGAUUUAAUGUGAAGUUUUGUUGUAGCACCGCACUACCCUGAUGAUUACUGAUAAAUUUAAUAUACUGUGAUUUUUUUUUUGCUCUGCAUUUUGGUGGUAAUACUUUUAAUCUAUUAAUACUUGUUUAAAGAAUGUUUUUGUUUGAAAUCAAAACAAUGUUUGCUUCAAGUGCGUAUAGUAAAGGUGGCUCAUUAGAAAUAUAGCUAAUUUAGAAACAAAUCAUGUAAAUUGUGUUUGCGACACAUUUGUUUUUCUCUACACAAUGAGGAAUUACUUUUAUUUGGAUAUUUAAGAUAUUGAUUAUUGUGCAAUUUUGCUCAUGUCAUAACUGUGUUCAGACCUGUGUAUAUUUGACAGCUUGGUAUCUUAGUAUGUUUAUGAAUGUAGGCCAAACCAUUAAUUGUUCCUAACACUGGAGAGACACAGCAGUGAUUUAACAUGUCUCACGGGAAAAAUGCUAAUGUGGAGAAAAUUGCUACUGUAUUUAUGGGAUUUGUAAAAUUUGGGAAUAUGGAUAAGUUGUGGACUCCAGCCAUUAAAGUUUCAUUUAUGUGGGUGGAUGAA